AACGCCGCUUUCGGCCUCUGUAGGCCGGAAGGGGAGGCCCUGCAGCUGCGUUCGGUUUGCUUUCCUUAGUAGCUUUGGCUUCCCUCGGCCGAGAUGUUGCUGCUGGUCGGGUUAAGGCUCCACGCUCCCGGCCUAAAACUGUGGCAGCAAAGCGCGGGAAGAUGUAGGGUGCUCCAGUCGGCUAAGAGGUCGACGGGAAUCCCGGAGAAGCGCCAGCCCUUCACGGUUUCCCAUUGCAAACUGCUAACGCCGCUUAGUUCGCCCCGAGCGUUUGCAUCCCGGUUUUGGCUGGGGGAAAACAAGCAGGUUCCAUUUCUCCAUGCAGAGUCUGUAUGUCGCUUUGGUACAUCAUCCCUGGAGGAACAUUCAGAAUAUGGAAAAUUAAUUUAUUCUGGAAGUUUAUCAAGAACUGUAUUAGGAGUGAAAAUUUUCUGUUUUACCACCAGCAUAAUUACUGCUUCCAUGUUGUUUGCCAUCAUACACAAGUAUGGCUUAAAUUUUGACAAACUCUACUCGGAAAUUGCUUAUUAUAGUGCCACACUAUUCUUUAUUUUCCUAACACCAUUUCUCUUACAUUUAUUUACUAGAAGGUAUGUUAUCCGUCUGUACCAUAAACAUAAAACAGAUACAUAUACAGCAAUUACAUACAGUGGCAUUUUGAGAGAAAAGCAAAUGUUAUUCCAUCAGAAAGAUGUAACUGUUCCAGACAUGAGCAAGACGUUCACAACAUUUUAUGUUAAAAGAAGAGCAAUGUUUGUUAACCCAUUCCAUUUUAAUUAUGCUGAAGACUACAGUCACCUUAUGGGUUAUGACAAACCCUUUCAGUUUAAUUUGAAGGACUAAAAAAUAUAGAAUUCUAAAAUGUCAAAAUCUGUAUAUAUUAUCUGAUUUCUCUUGAUGUUCAAAAGUCUUUUACAUAUUCUAGAUGACCUAAUAUUGCUUUUUUUCAUCAUUAGUUUUGUUAUUUUAAAUAUUGAUAAGCAUGAUUAAAAGUGCUUUUAUUGGCAUGGGCAUUUAGUCUACUGAGCAAAAAGAUGGUCUUUUGUUGCAUCUUUGACCCUUCUUCAGAGUCCACUUUCUGAAGAUAGGGGGAUCAAAGAGGCCAUCUAGGUUAAAAUUGGAGACCCUCUCUCAACUGGGGGAGGGGAUACAACACCACUAUUUCCUGUUUACAAUACAGUUCCAAGAAGGUUCCACACCCAUUUGCAGUCUGAUUCACGUGACUCUUAUAAACCCCCAAUUGGCCUUAACAACUAGAGAAAGUACUAAUGACCAGAUGACUGCAAGGAAUAUAAAUCCUACCCACCCACCCCCAAUUCAGUCAGAACUGAAAAAGCUUCUUGUAUGAGAAGCAAAAUGUCCAGGAGGUGGGAUCAAAGUACGUUGCCUGUUGGAAAAGUACUUUUGUGACAAUAGCAUUUAUUUCACAGAUGGAUCAAUACAAUCUUCAAAGAAUCCUCACCCAGUUCUAAGAACUAGCUCAGUUUUAAGGA